CGACCAGCCAACUCGCAUCGGCCCUGUUCACUUCGAAAAACAACAGGAUGUCGACUGAAAUGCCUAUUCGGCCUUCGCGCCGACCUGCUGCUCGUCGUCGCAUUGUCGCCGACGAUUCGGACGAAGAAGACCACCGCGUCCCCUCGCAGCAAAAUGAAGAUGAGGCGGAAUACACAUUUCCUCCGAAGACGACGCCGCGACGGCAACCAAGGCGCAAGACUGCGGAGCCUACAUCCAUUGCGCCUUCAACUACGAGAGGCCGGAGGACAAAAACUGGCGAGAGCAUCGAGCCAUCGCAAAUAUUCAGUCCCGAGGGAAACGCUGCCCCAGAGCCCCCGUCACCAAGCCGAGGGUCAUCACCUAGAAAGCGGACAAGCGUCACCUCAAGCAGGAGAACCAGAAAAUCUUCGGCGACAGAUAUACCAGAAGUUCCUCCGUUGCCGACGCCGAAACCUUCUCAGUCGCCCGAGCCUCCAGCAUCACAAAACACACCUUUGGCGGACAUUACUAGUGCAACCGUGAACAACCGCGGAGCAGAACAGCUCCAACCCUCUGAAGUGUCAUCACAAAAGCCAAUGGAGAGGCCACUUGAGGAACCCAAGGACAUAUUAUUGAAGUCACAAAACAUGGCAAUACCGGGUCCUCCGCCAGCUCCUAGCGGACCGACGUCGCGCAUUGUGAUUACAUAUCUAAUCUUGAACAACUUCAAGAGCUAUGCAGGAAGGCAAGAGGUUGGACCAUUUCAUGCAUCCUUCUCGUCUGUGGUUGGACCGAACGGUUCAGGAAAGUCGAAUGUCAUUGAUUCGCUCCUUUUCGUCUUUGGUUUCCGAGCGAGCAAAAUGCGUCAAGGAAAGAUUUCUGCAUUGAUUCACAACUCUGCUGCUUUCCCGAACUUGGAGUUUUGUGAAGUGGAAGUGCACUUUGAAGAAGUCAUUGACUUGCCUGGAGGAAAGCACGAAAUUGUUCCCAAUUCCGCGCUAGUCAUCUCCCGAAGAGCGUACAAGAAUAACACGAGUAAAUACUUUAUAAAUGGCAAAGAGUCAAACUUUACAGUCGUCACGACACUAUUGCGCGACCGGGGUGUCGAUCUUGACCACAAGAGGUUUCUGAUUCUACAGGGAGAGGUCGAAUCAAUUGCACAAAUGAAGCCAAAAGCAGCUAAUGAGCAUGAUGACGGUUUGCUCGAGUAUCUAGAGGAUAUUAUCGGAACGUCAAAAUACAAGACACCCAUUGAGGAGUCGGCGGCUGAACUGGAGACGCUCAACGAAGUUUGCCACGAGAAGAGCAAUCGAGUUCAGCAUGUGGAAAAGGAAAAGAAUAGUUUGGAGGACAAGAAGAACAAGGCGCUUGCAUACAUUCGGGAAGAGAAUGACCUUGCCACGAAACAGUCUGCCUUGUACCAAAUUUAUAUCAGCGAGUGCGAAGACAAUUUGAAGGUCACCGAGGAAGCGAUUACACAAAUGCAGGCCCAGCUCAAAGAAGAGCUUGAGAAACAUCAGGGCAACGAGGACGGCAUUAAGCAGAUGGAGAAGCUCUACAAGAAGGGCGCGAAGGAAUACGAAGCAAUGGAGGCCGAGACCCAGGCGCUCCUGAAAGAAAUGGCAAAAAUUGACAAGGAGAAUGUCAAAUUCGAGGAGAAGAAGAAAUUCUUGGCCGGAAAACAGAAGAAGUUUGAAAAGGCUUUACAAGGCAGCCGGCUGGGAGGCUCAGAAGCGGAAACUGUGAUCAAAAACUGUCUCGAAGAUGUAGCAAGAAGCAGCGAGCAAAUUGCGGAGCUCGAGAAGAGUAUGAAGCAAGAGGAAGAAGAACUGGCUACAAUCAGGGAGGGUCUUAAAGGCAAGACGCAAGCCUUUUCCGACCAGAUCGCGGUGAAGCAAAAGUCACUCGAGCCAUGGAAGGCAAAGAUCAACGAGAAACAAUCGGCUAUUGCAGUUGCACAGAGUGAGCUGGACAUUCUCCGCGAGCGAAACAAUGCUGGAGAGACGAAGCUCAAGGAAGUUCAAGCCAAGAUUGACGAGAUCAAGCGGAAUGGCCAAGCCAAGGAACAAGAGCUUGAGGGAUGCAAGGCUCGGCGAGAAGAAUUGACACAGCAUACAGAGGCAGUGGAGAAGGAACUCAACAAGCUGUCUCAAAAGGAAGCUGGAUACCGAAAUCAAGUUUCUGGUGCGAGGCAAAAGGCCGAUGAAGCACGAGCAAGUUUAUCGAACACCCAGACGCAAGGCAAUGUCUUGACGGGCUUGAUGCGCCUCAAGGAAUCUGGCCGAGUGGAGGGUUUCCAUGGAAGACUGGGAAACCUCGGUGCGAUUGAUGAAAAAUACGACGUUGCCAUCUCUACGGCGUGCCCAUCUUUGGACAACUUGGUCGUUGACUCUGUCGAGGUUGGGCAACAGUGCAUCGACUAUCUGCGCAAGAACAACUUGGGACGAGCGCAGUUUAUUCUGUUGGACCGACUUCCGAAGCGCGACCUGUCUUCGAUCAACACACCCGAAGGCGUGCCCAGGUUAUUUGAUCUGGUAAAAUCGAAGCACGAUAAAUUCAGACCUGCAUUUUUCAGCGUGCUGCAGAAUACACUGGUCGCGGAUGACCUGGCUCAGGCCAACCGGAUUGCCUAUGGUGCUCAGCGAUGGCGAGUGGUGACACUCGACGGUCAAUUGAUUGACAAGUCUGGUACCAUGAGCGGUGGUGGUACUCGAGUUGCCAAGGGCGCCAUGUCGUCCAAGCUCGCGGGCGAAGUGACAAGAGAGCGGGUAGCGAAGCUCGAAGGUGAUCGCGAAGCACUUGAGCAGGCGUUCCAGAUCUUCUUGGAUAGGCAGCGCGAGCUUGAGACCUCACUGCGAGAGAGCAAGGAGGAGAUUGGACCGCUGGAGACGACAAUGCAGAAGAUUGCCAUGGAGAUUCAGAGCUGUGCACGUCAGCUCAAUGAUGCCAGGCGCCGGCGGCAAGAAAUCGCAGAGGAGAAUCAGCCAUCCCCAGAAGACAACGACCGCAUGGCAUCUCUCGAGAAGAAGAUUGUGGGCCUGAACAAGGAGAUUGAGAAGCUGCAUGCUGAAACUGCGGGAGUCGAAGCAGAGAUUAAAGAGCUUCAAGACAAGAUUAUGGAAGUCGGGGGUGUACGACUCCGAGCGCAAAAGGCGAGGGUAGACGGCAUUCGAGAACAGAUUGAUACCCUGAAUGAAGAGAUUUCUACAGCCGAAGUAGCCAAGACAAAGGCCGAGAAGCAAGUCGCCAAGCAAUUCAAGGCUAUGAAGGAGGCCGAGAAGGAAUUGGAGAGCGUGGCCGAGGAGGCUCAGAAGCUGGAAGAAGCCAUCAAAACGCAGACAAGAGACUCUUCUGGAUCACGGGACAAGGCAGAAGAAGCUCAAGAGGUAUGUUUACAGAUCUUGGCUUUGAACGUCCGCUUUUCAUCUAACCCAUAACCCUUUUGUAUAGGCCCUCGAGAGCAAAAAGGACCAGCUCGCGGCUCUCAAAAAGGAGCUUGACGAGAAACGGGACGAACUCAACCAGACGCGGGCCGUAGAGAUUGAGAUGCGCAACAAGCUGGAGGAAAACCAAAAGGUCUUUUCCGAGA